AACACACCGAAGGGAGCAGAUGUCCAAUGCCCAGCAACGCUGAAUACAUCGCCAUCGAGCAGAAAUACUACGCCCAGACCGUCCGGCGACGCCCGGUGGUCAUCGUGCGCGGUGAAGGCUCCCGAGUGUGGGACGCCGACGGCAAGGAAUAUGUCGACUUCGUGGCCGGCUGGGCUGUGGAUAAUUUGGGCCACUGCCCGCCCGUGGUCGUGGAAGCCAUCGCGAAGCAGGCCGCCACGCUCAUCCAGACGUCCAACCAGUUUUAUACGCUGCCACAGCUGGAAAUCGCCGAGAUGCUGAUUGAAAACUCCUGCAUGGAUCGGGUGUUUUUCUGCAAUAGCGGCGCCGAGGCCGUGGAGGGCGCGCUGAAGAUAGCCCGUCGCUACGGGAAGCUGCACAAGAACGGAGCCUACGGGGUCAUUACCGCGCUGAACUCUUUCCACGGGCGCACAAUGAACGCCGUGGCCGCCACCGGGCAGCCUCACUACCACGAGCUUUUUGAGCCCAUACCCGAGGGUUUCACCUACGUCGAUUUCAACGACGUUGAGGCCGUGAUGAACGCCACCACCGAAAACACCGUGGCCGUGAUGAUCGAGCCGGUGCAGGGCGAGGGCGGAGUGAACAUUCCCGACGAUGACUAUUUCCAACGGCUGCGGGCCUGGUGCGACCAGAACAACAUCCUGCUGAUCCUGGACGAGGUUCAGACCGGCAUGGGUCGCCUGGGAAGUCUGUUCGGUUAUGAGGAAUUCAACGUCGAGCCGGACGUGAUGAUUCUGGCCAAGGGGCUGGGCUUCGGCGUUCCCAUCGGCGCGUUUCUGGCCAAGGAAGACGCGAUGGCGCUGACCUACGGCGAUCACGGCAGCACCUUCGGAGGCAAUCCCCUGACCACCGCCGCCGCUGCCGCCGGCACUCGCUAUCUGCUUGACAACGACAUCCUGGGCCACGUCAAGCAGAUGGAAGUGGUUCUGAAGGACCGACUGGACGGCCUGAAGUCCAAGUACGGUUUCGUCAACGAAAUCCGCUGCAAGGGACUGCUGGCCGCCGUGGCGUUUGACAGCGACAUCAUGCCGCAGGUUAUGGACGCCGCCGAGGCCGCCGGUGUGCUGCUGAACGGUGUGCGACCCAACGCGGUGCGCAUCAUGCCCGCGCUGAACAUUACCGAGGCGGAGAUCGACGAGGGCAUUGGCCGGCUGGAUACGGCGUUAGGGAACGUGUGA